AUGGCAGAAACGUUGAAAGACAAAAUAGUUGAUGAUUUUGAGUCAGCCGAUGAUUCUUUCUUGUCAUAUCUCUUAGCUAAGAAACAGACAGUUAAUAUUGACAAGAUUAGGUUGAAUACGAUAAGAGAAUCCCUAUCUCACAAUGGAUCAGCAGAACUGGAUGCAAAUGGGGAUAUGUUUCGCUCCUUAGAGUUUGAAAUGCGUAAACGGAGCCAUAUUUUCCUACAGACGUCUAAUGAACAGUAUAGACAGCUGCAGGAACAGAUGAAGAAGAGACGAUAUAGUGUGGAUUUUGACUCACCACCAGAAGAAAUUGAGAAUAUACCAGAAACUUCUAUGGAGGAAAGCGUGGAAGAAGAUGAUUUAACUGAAUUAAGAAAAAGAUUGUUGACAAAGUCAGCAGGGUCAGAAACGGGUGGCAAUGACAAUAUCGACAAACAACUCCAAGAACAUGAUAAUAUACAGAGCGAUCUAAUGAAUGACAUGGUGAAACUUGUAAGUAACCUGAAAGACGGUGCAGUGGCCUUUCAAAAUGCACUAGAAGAAGAUGAAAAGAUUCUGAAUGCUGCCGAAAUUGGCAUUCACGUGGCUUCAAAUGGUAUUAAAGAUAUGAGUGGAAGAUUACAAAAAUACGAUAAGAAGAAACUAAGCUUGUGGUUCUAUCUAUGUAGUAUGAUUUUCAUGGUCUUAGGGCUCAUAGUAACUUUCGUCAUUGUUAGACUAUUUCCUGCAUUAUAA